CUGCCAAAGAUAAAAACACCAUUUAAAUAUAUUAGCCAAAGUGGCAGCUGGUUUGUUCCCACCAUAAUAAUCAGGUAUAUGUGGGAAUAAGAACAGGUGUACAAGCGACUCUAGCCAAUCCCAGAAUCCGCUCAUUGCAGUCUGCGGAGGAAGAUCAUUAUAUAUACAGCAUUUCGAUUGUUGACAUUCUAACAGUUCCAAAAUGAAGGGUGUUCUGGCAUUACUUGCCUUGGUGGCAGCUGUCACCAGCUUGGAGAAUUUCAGCGGACAACAAGUCCUGCGAAUUCUCCCUGCUGAUGAGGAACAGGUGAACUUGGUUCGGGAGCUGGAAAACUAUGAAGAUCUGCAGCUGGAUUUCUGGCAGGGACCCACCAAACCUGAGAAAUUUGUUGACAUUCGUGUACCAUUCUUCAGUCUUCAGGAUGUUAAGGUCUACCUUGAGUCUCACAAUAUCCAGUACAGCAUCAUGAUCAAAGAUCUGCAGGCCUUGUUAGAUGAAGAAAGGAGAGAUAUGAAAAUUGGACGUUCCAUGGAAAAUGCCCGUUCUACUAACGCAUUUAAUUUUGCCACAUACCACACCUUUGAUGAAAUUAACAACUUUAUUGACAACUUGGUGGCUGAAAAUCCCAGUCUUGUGAGCAAAGUUGUGAUUGGCAGAAGCUAUGAGGGUCGCCCACUGAAUGUUCUGAAGUUUAGCACUGGCGCUAACCGCCCAGCUUUCUGGAUUGAUACUGGAAUUCACUCUCGUGAGUGGGUUACUCAGGCCAGCGGUCUGUGGUUUGCUAAGAAGAUUGUUACAGAUUAUGGACGUGACCCAUCUCUUACUGCCACCCUGAACAGUUUGGACAUCUUCUUGGAAAUUGUGACCAACCCUGAUGGCUAUGUUUUCUCCCAUACCUCAAACCGUAUGUGGCGUAAGACCAGAUCUCCCAAUGCUGGCUCCACAUGUAUUGGAACUGACCCUAACAGAAACUGGGAUGCUGGUUUUGGAGGUGGUGGAUCCAGCUCAAACCCUUGCACUGAGACCUACAGAGGACGUGCUGCUCAUUCUGAAUCAGAAGUUAAGGCUAUUGUUGACUUUGUGAAGAGCCAUGGCAAAAUCAAGGGAUUUGUUUCCAUCCACAGUUAUUCCCAGAUGCUCCUCUACCCAUAUGGCUACACUACUGCUCGUGUCCCAGAUAGCGCUGAAUUGGACAAUGUUUCUAGAGCAGCAGUUAAUGCAUUGACAUCACUGUAUGGAACAAAAUAUACAUAUGGAAGCAUUAUUUCCACCAUAUACCAAGCCAGUGGAGGUACCAUUGACUGGACCUACAACCAGGGAAUCAAAUACUCUUAUAGCUUUGAGCUUCGUGAUACUGGCCGUUAUGGUUUUGCCCUGCCAGCCAACCAGAUUAUCCCAACUGCUGAGGAGACCUGGCUGGCCCUUACUGUACUCAUCGAACAUACUCGUGAUAACCUCUAUUAAGUAAUAAAUCUUAAUAUGCA